GUGCGCGAGCGCAGCUUGCGCCAGGAGGACCAGCCUUUGGAAGUGGGCCUUGUAUUUGGCCCAGGUUUCAGCCCUUGACCCCUUUUUGACAUAUAUAUAUAUAUAUUUUUUUUCUCUCUCUCCGAGAAGUGCUUUUAUUUUGUUUUGAGCUGUUCGAUCUUCCGUUCAUGCUUACGCACUUGUGACUGCACGCUCAUUUGAAAGACUUAACCCCAGUCACACCCAUUGGCCCUCUGGUUUGGGGGGUGGGGGCCGGGGGAGUGAUCCAUGAGUCUGAAACCACUUGGCAGGCAGUGUCCAGCCAGGGAAGUCAAGUGCAUUAGCUCGGCAAUUCUAACUGCCUGGUGGAUGGGUUAAAUGGCUUGGUGGCUUAGUGAACUUUAUAGUUCUUAGCUUAGCUCAAUGCAAAUGGCGGUUGGAGGCUUUUGCUAAAUUUUAUUCGAUGAAUAAAGGAGCAAUUUUGUUUCCUGUUUUUCUGUUUGAUAGAAUUUAUAUUUUUUUUUCUGGGCAGCCCACAGUUCAGAUGAAUAAUCUUUGGAGGGGGGGUGAUUCCUUAUUUCACAGCGGAUUGGAUUUCUUUAAAAACAUUUCAUACAGAUUUAUGUGUGGAUAGGAAAACAAAAAUCUCUCGCCCUCUUUUUACUUAACAUGUAAAGAGAAAAACUUUAUUGUUGUGUAUGUGCUCCUGUGCAUGCUAACGUCUGAUUUGUGAAUUAAUAGAAUGCGACAUUAUUGACCAACUUGAUAUCCAUCAGCCAAGGUAUAUAUAUACCUUCCAGACCUUGGCACAGAACCCAGGGAUUCAGGCUUUGCUUUGCUCCAGAGAGUGUAUCAGACUACCUGGUGAAAUUGUUUGUAAUUUGGGACCCUACUUUUUGCAAGUUUGCCUUUGCCUCAGAUCAGUACGCUCUUUGUCUGGGGAUCCUGUUCUAUUGUGUUUCCACUUCAGUGAGUGAAACUGCACCAUACAAAGCCAAAUAAGGAAAUGAAGUUUUUCUCUUGACAGGCCGACUUACUUGGCUAAAGCCAGUCCCUGGUUGGCUGGUCAGGAGAGUGAAGAGAAAUGCUGAGCUUUACCAGAUGUCACCAUCUGAAGCGGAUAACACAGAAGUGCUUUUCUAGUGCACUGGUUAAAGUGCAGACCCCCACACAGCUCUCGCUUCCACGAGCCUUGGCAUGUGCAGAAUCAGGGAAGUCAUGGCACUCGACCCACUCCCUCGUUGGAGACAAGAAUAUUGUCCUGAUGGGGCCUCCUGGUGCUGGGAAAACAACAGUCGGCAGAAUAUUAGGUGACAAACUAGGCUGCUGUGUCAUCGAUGUGGAUGCUGAUGUCCUUGAGAAAACCUGGAAUAUGAGCGUGUCUGAAAAAUUGCAGGAUGUUGGUAAUGAGCGAUUUUUAGAAGAGGAAGGAAAAGCAGUGUUAAACUUGUUUGCAUCUGGAAGUGUGAUUUCCCUCAGUGGGUCCAAUCCCAUGCAUGAUGCUAGCAUGUGGCAUCUGAAGAAAAAUGGGAUUGUCGUAUACCUGGAUGUGCCUCUAACAGAUAUAAUUAGUCGUCUGAAGUCAAUGAGAGUUGAUAGGAUUGUUGGCCGGAACACUGGCACGUCUCUGAGAGACUUGCUGAAGCAUGGGAAACUGCACUAUAGGAAGUGGUACGAUGCCCGAGUCUUCUGUGAGAGUGGGGCCUCAGCUGAGGAGGUUGCCGACAAAGUGCUUGAUGUGGUUAAAAGAUACCAAGAUGUGGACUCAGAGACGUUCAUUUCAACAAGGCAUGUUUGUCUUAAAGACCACGACAAGAAGUUUCCACCAAAAUACUUCAGUGAAGCUGUGGUUGAGGGAUUAGCUUCUGAUGGUGGCCUCUUUGUUCCCGAGAAGGGAUUUCCCAAACUAAGCCUCGGGGAGUGGACUAACCUCAUAGGGGCAACCUACAUCGAAAGAGCACAGGUGCUGUUGGAAAGGUGCAUUCACCCUGCGGACAUUCCUGCUGCCAAAUUAGGAGAAAUGAUUGAAACUGCUUAUGGGGAAAGCUUUGCCUGCUCCAAAGUUGCCCCUGUCAGGCACCUUUCUGGCAAUCAGUUCAUCCUGGAGUUGUUCUAUGGCCCGACGGGCUCCUUUAAAGAUUUGUCUUUACAGCUUAUGCCUCAUAUUUUUGCCUACUGUAUCCCUCCAGGCUGCAACUAUGUGCUGCUUGUAGCUACUUCAGGAGACACUGGGAGUGCCGUCCUAAAUGGGUUUAGCCGGCUUAACAGAAGUGAUAAAGAAAGGAUAGCUGUGCUCACGUUCUUUCCAGAGAAUGGCGUUAGUGAUUUCCAGAGAGCAGAGAUAGUUGGAAGUCAGAGAGAAAAUGGAUGGGCAAUAGGUGUCAAGUCAGAUUUUGAUUUUUGCCAGGCAGCUAUUAGAAAAAUAUUUAAUGAUUCUGAUUUUACUGGCUUUCUGACUGUGGAAUACGGCGUGGUCUUAAGUUCAGCGAACUCUAUAAAUUGGGCUCGACUACUCCCGCAGGUAGUGUACCAUGCCUCCGCAUACCUUGAGCUCGUUAGCCAAGGGUUUAUUUCUUUUGGAAGCCCAGUCGAUGUCUGUAUCCCCACAGGAAACUUUGGAAACAUAUUAGCAGCAGUGUAUGCCAAGAUGAUGGGAAUUCCUAUUCGAAAAUUUAUCUGUGCCUCUAAUCAGAACCACGUUCUGACUGAUUUCAUAAAAACUGGACAUUAUGAUCUAAGAAAUAGGAGAUUAGCACAAACCUUCUCACCAUCAAUAAACAUUCUCAAGUCCUCAAACCUGGAGCGACAUUUAUACUUGAUGGCUAACAAAGACGGGCAGUUGAUGGCGGAUUUAUAUAAUCAGCUGGAGAGCCAGCUUCACUUCCAGAUUGAGGAGCUGCUAGUUGAGAAGCUGCAGCAGGAUUUUGUUGCUGACUGGUGUUCUGAGGGCGAAUGCCUAGAGGCUAUCAGCACUACCUACAACACAUCGGGCUAUAUUUUGGAUCCACAUACCGCUGUUGCAAAAGUGGUUGCAGACAAGAUGCAAGACAAAAGCUGCCCCGUGGUCAUCGCAUCGACAGCUCACUACUCCAAGUUUGCACCUGUCGUCCUGCAGGCACUGAGGAUCAAAGAACUCAACCAGACGUCGGCAAGCCAGCUCUACCUCCUGAGCUCGUACAAUGCGUUACCACCUCCUCAUGAGGCUCUAUUAGAGAGAAUGAAGCAGAAGGGGAAGAUGGAUUACCAGGCUUGUGUAGCUGAUGUGGAUGUCCUGAAGAGUCAUGUGGAAAAACUCAUCCAAAGUUGGUUUAGGGAAGUCUGAGUAGGGUUGUUUUCUUUUUUUUUUUUCUUGGUAAGGAGCAAUAAUAAAUCUCGAAAGUGGAUUUGGACUACAAUAGAGUUUGUUUUGUAUAAAUGUUUCUGUGUGCAUCUGAUCUCUGGAGCUGACUAUUACACCUGCUGUCCUCACGUCCUCCAGAAGAGACAAGGCCAGCACAGUACCUGGACCCCUGUGCUCUCGUGCUGUAUUCUCUGCUCAUGUUGAGCAUGGCAGUUUCUCCUUCACCUCUCUUCUGAGUGGAACAGAUAGCGUGGCAUUUAAAAACAUUUAAACACAGUUAGGUACUGCAUCUGUAGCCAUUUAGUGUUGAUUGAACAGUUUGCUGCUUGAGGUAGCCAGCAUAGAGGAAGUAGUAAGAACGCUAAGAUUAGAGUCAUCGUUGUUAACCCCUUUCAAACUCCACUUUGAACAGUAGUUGCUGACAUGUACCCUACACUAUCCAGUUAGAGUUGGACCAUUCACUGCUCUUUGAAUGUCUGUAGUUAGGGCUGAUGAAGUUUGAAAAUCAGGCCAACGUGUGAUUCCAGGAUGUAGCAGUUGACAGAACUGUGGGCACGGGAGCAAAGUCACCUACUUCAGGAAGGUGAUCCAAGAUUAGUAAUGUUUAAGCUGCUUUAAUGAAAGCUCAGUCAUAGACAGCAGCACUUCUGUAUUAUUUGUAGUCUGUUCCUAUUUGUCUCACUUUUAACAUUUUGGGGUACCUAAAUCCACACAAAUCAGUACAAAUGCCUCAUUCCACGGCUGUGUAGUAACAGUGAUCUUAACUGGGAUUUGUGUAUUUCCUGCGUAUUUGGCUUUUGGAUUGAAGAGUGUGACUGACCGAAGAAGUGCAGUGGGCUGCUCCCCACCACAAGAUGGCAUUCCUCACAGCAUUUGCUAUUGCUGGUGACAGUCUGCUUCUGGUUACCUUACAGGGAAACAUUCCAAAUUGAAAUGAUGGAAAAAGUUAAUAGUUUUAAUAGGCAAGAAGCAAUUUGAUAUACAGGUUUUAAAUAAACAAUUACAUGUUAAUAUUAACUCUCUAGCUUCACUUCUAAAAUGUAGAUCUAGAGCCUAUACUGGAGGCCAGGAGUGUCCCUGUACGGUGCACAAAACCCUGGGUUCUAUCCUUAGCACCUAGGUAAGUAGAGGCAGGAGUUAAAGGUCGUGUUUAGCCACACAAUUUGAGGCCAGCCUGGGAUACAUGAGAUCCUGUUUUAAAAAAAGAACCAAACAAGCAAAUAAACAAAAGACACUUUUGUGAAUAGA